GACACCGGUUUAAGUGCUUUUACAACGUAAAGCGCCUUUAAUUCUCAUAAAACCCUGCUAACUAGCUAGGCACGAUAAUUAGCCUCAUUUUACAACUGAGUGGUGCGGCCAAAACAGGUAGGCAUCGUCCCGACACUUCACUUAAGAAAGGUAGCACUCUUCCAAGCCCCGCAGCCAGUAGCCCAACUCCGGCACUCUGCGGCCGCGCCACUCCCUCUGCGCAUGUGCAUCCCCGCCUCCACCCACAACCCCCACCUAACCGCCCCGCGCGUCCUUUCCCGGCCUCCAGUCCCUCGUGGGAAACAAAUCCCUCGCCUCUGGGUCCACGCGGCGAGGAAGCGGCGGGUGAGCCCCGGAGGACUGGGCGAGGGGCUAGAGUGUCCCCGCGCUACCCGGAAGGCGGGGCGGGCGGUGGCGAGAAUUCGGCGGUAGGUGGGGACCCCAAAGCCUGCAGUGUCUGCGGAGUUGAAGGACGGCGGGGCGAGAGCGUCUCUGUCCGAAGGGUCCAGAUACGGCGUGAGAACGCGAGUGCCCGGGCUCGCGGGGUCCAUACGUGUCCAGUUCCUGCACCUGGCGUGUAAGCACAGUCCUGUGGCCGCGGGUGGGGAGGGAACUGGCUGCGGGGUAGAGAACAGCGCGCGCGUGCGUAGCGUGUGUGACGUUUGCCGUGGGCGUGCGCAUGACGUUGUGGCGUGUGCGUGUGCGCUUUUUGUGCGCUGGGCCGGCGGGGAGGGGGCGGGGCUGCAGGGGAGAGUGGCAGCGCCAGGUCCGCGACAAAUGAAUUAGUCAGACACAAUUACCCACGGGAGACUCGUUUUUCCUCUCUGUAGAUUACGGAUAUCAGGAAUACUUGCCGCCUCAGGUUGUUUUGAGCACUUGCAUUGUUUAGGUGCUGUAAAUGCUGGGUGUGCGUUCCCGGGGAGAGUCCGGGGGAGACGGCGCCUGCACCGGCCCCAGGGCCUCCCUGCCGGUGGAGUGCAGGAGCGAAAGAGCUGGCCUAGCUGCCCACCAGGGCCCCUUUUGGCUCUGAUCGUCCCCGUAUCCCAAGUUAUUAUUUAUACGUUGCGCGUUGAUUUAUGUUUUAUGUAUAAUCAUGGCGCAGUAUCCUGAAGCCGUCGGAGUCUGUGUGCCGGUGGAAGGUCUGGGACAAGUUUAAGAAGAGAGAACCUAAAUUGGUAAUAAAUCAAUAAGAAAUGUUUACAUUCACUCAAUGAAAAGUGUCAUGUCUGAGCUCAGCAUAUAUCGGAGCCACAUGGACACCUCUCCCUCCUCCACUAAGAGCAGAAAAUGAACAAAUUCCAGGAACAAGUGUCAUUCAAGGAUGUGUGUGUGGACUUCACUGAGGAAGAAUGGUAUCUGCUGGACCCUGCUCAGAAGAUGCUAUACAGAGAUGUGAUCCUGGAAAAUUAUAGCAAUCUUGUCUCAGUAGGGUAUUGCAUUACUAAGCCAGAAGUGAUCUUUAAGAUUGAGCAAGGAGAAGAACCCUGGAUAUUAGAGAAAGGAUUCCCAAGCCAGUGCCACCCAGAAAGGAAAUGGAAAGCUGAUGACGUGUUAAAGAGCAGCCAGGAUCAUGAAGAUGACCAUUUUUGGGAGCUUCUAUUCCACAACAACAAAAGAGAGGAACUCAAGAUGGCGCUGUGAGAACAACCCAGGAUUGAAGCUCUCGGUUAAUCCGCGGAGAGGUGAGUCAGAGUUGCAUUUUCAGACUGAUCUUUGUUGCCCACAGAACGGGGAAAUUCCCAAGUAUAAAGGAGACGCGGGACACCAGGCAGAGGCUCUGCCUGGAGAAGCCGGCAGCCGGGGUGGUGGCAGCCGGCCCUACCCAGCGAUCCCCACAGGGCGUGCUUGUCCGGGUGCCCUGUUGAAACGGCAACCUGAGACUUGAGAGGGCUGAACUUGAGACUGAAAGGGACUUGGGCAGUGGGCCAGCCCAGGGGAUUGCAGGGACACAGCAUUUGGGAUAGCACAGUGGGACAGACAAAACGGCGAUUCCAAACGCUCGCCGUUGAGAUGGUCCCUGAGACGCUCCAUGGGGGAGGGGCGUCCACCAUUACCGAGGCAACCCGCCCUGACUGAAACACACGCCCACUGCUGACGCAGCCUGCAGUUGCCGAGGCACCCCGCCCCUACUGAGAUACACGCCCACUGUUGAUGCCGCCUGCCAUUGCCAAGGCAACCCGCUAUAACAGAGAGACUCCACUGCAGGGCGUAGCCCGUGGCGGAGACCGCAGCAGAAGAACAAGAGCCUGCAGCAACAGGGCGAACCGCACAACAGCAGGGCGGAGCCUCGGCAGUCAAAUAGUGAUUAGACUGCCUCCUAGCUGGGCAGGACACCUCAACAGACAUCCAAAAACAAAGCCCCAACCCCCAAUACAGAGCAUUUGAGAAAAAAAGGGGUUUAAUGAGCUCUGUUGCAGCAGAAUCAAACAUAGCAGCCUAACAGCCCUGAAUGAACAACAGAGCUCACAGCUCAGCACUUGAGCUCCUAUAAAGUACAGACUGUCUCCUCAAGCAGCUCCCUGACCCCUCUAUAUCCAAAAGACUGACAUUUGGCAGGCAUCAUCCUGGGACAAAGAUAGCAGAAAAAGAAACUGGUAGCAUCCCUCACUGUUCCGCAGUUGCUAUAGGUGCACCCCAGACAAGCAGGGCCUGGAGUGGACCUCAGCAGUCAUACAGCGAAGGGGCUAGACUGGUAGAAGGAAAACCAAGUAACAGAAAUACUUCAUCACCAACAAUCUGGGUGUCCACUAAGAGACCCAAUCAAAAAGUCAGCACAUACACAGACGACAAGUAGAUAAAUCCACAAAGAUGGGGAGAAACCAGCGCAAAAAUGAGGAAAACACCCGAAACCAGAACACCUCACCUCCUAGAAAGGACCAAAACUCCUCACCAGCAAGGGAACAAAGCUGGACGGAGAAUGACUGUGAGGAAAUGACAGAAUUAGACUUCAGAAGGUGGAUAAUGAGAAAUUUUUGUGAGCUAAAAGAACAUAUAUUAAAUCAAUGCAAAGAAACUAAGAACCUUGAAAAAAGAUAGGAAAAAAGAUUUGAGGAAAUGAUGACAAGAAUGGAUAACUUAGGAAUAUGAAUGAAUUAAAGGAGCUGAAAAACACAAUACGAGAACUUCGUGAAGCAUGCACAAGUUUGAAUACCUGAAUUGACGAAGCAGAAGAAAGAAUAUCUGAAGUCGAAGAUCAACUCAAUGAAAUAAAACAAGAAACCAAGAUCAGAGAAAAAAGCGCAAAAAGGAAUGAACAAAGUCUCCAAGAAAUGUGGGACUAUGUGACAAGACCUAACCUACGUUUGAUAGGUGUACCAGAAGGGGACGAAGAGAAUGAAUCUAAGCUGAAAAAUACUCUUCAGGACAUCAUCCAGGAAAAAUUCCCCCACCUAGCAAGACAGGUCAACACUCAAAUGCAGGAAAUAAAGAGAACACCACAAAGAUAUUCCGCAAGAAGAGCAACCCCAAGGCACAUAAUUGUCAGAUUCAACAAGGUUGAAAUAAAGGAGAAAAUACUAAGGGCAGCCAGAGAGAAAGGUCGGGUCACCCACAAAGGGAAGCCCAUCAGACUCACAGCAGAUCUCUCGGCAGAAACACUGCAAGCCAGAAGGUAGUGGGGGCCAAUAUUCAACAUCCUUAAAAAAAAGAACUUUCAACCCAGAAUUUCAUAUCCAGCCAAACUGAGCUUCAGAAGUGAAGGAAAAAUAAAAUCCUUUGCGAACAAGCAAGUACUCAGAGAUUUUGUCACCACCAGGCCUGCUUUACAAGAGCUCCUAAAAGAGGCACUAUACAUAGAAAGGAACAACCAGUACCAGCCAUUCCAAAAUCACACUAAAUGCUAAAGAGCAUCAACAUAAUGAAGAAUCUACAACAACUAACGGGCAAAACAGCCAGCUAGCAUCAAAAUGGCAGUAUCAAAUUCACACAUAACAAUAUUAACUCUAAAUGUAAAUGGACUAAAUGCACCAAUCAAAAGACAGACUGGCAAAUUGGAUAAAAAUCCAAAACCCAUCAGUGUGCUGUAUUCAGGAAACCCAUCUCACAUGCAAGGAUACACAAAGACUCAAAAUAAAGGGAUGGAGGAAGAUUUACCAAGCAAAUGGAGAGCAAAAAACAGCAGGAGUUGCAAUUCUCAUCUCUGAUAAUAGACUUUAAAGCAACAAAGAUCAAAAGAGACAAAGAAGGCCAUUACAUAUUGGUAAAAGGAUCAAUACAACAAGAAGAGCUAACGAUCCUAAACAUAUAUGGACCCAAUGCAGGAGCACCCAGAUACAUAAGGCAAGUUCUUAAUGACUUACAAAGAGACUUAGACUCCCACACAAUAAUAGUGGGAGACUUUAACACCCCACUGUCAAUAUUAGAUCAACCAGACAGAAAAUCAACAAGGAUAUCCAGGGCUUGAACUCAGACCUGGAGCAAGCAAACCUGAUAGACAUUUACAGAACUCUCCACCCCAAAUCCACAGAAUAUACAUUCUUCUCAGCACCACAUCACACCUACUCUAAAAUUGACCACAUAAUUGGAUGUAAAGCACUGCUUAGCAAAUGCAAAACAACUGAAAUCAUAACAAACAGCCUCUCAGACCAUAGUGCAAUCAAGUUAGAACUCAGAAUUCAGAAACCGACCCAGAACUGCACAGCUUCAUGGAAACUGAACAACUGGCUCUUGAAUGUUGACUGGGUAAACAAUGAAAUGAAGGCAGAAAUAAAGAAGUUCUUCGAAACCAAUGAGAACGAAGACACAACAUGCCAGAAUCUCUGGGACACAUUCAAAGCAGUCUCUAGAGGAAAGUAUAUAGCAAUAAGUGCACAUAUGAGGAGAAUGGAGAGAUCCAAAAUCGACGCCCUAUCGUCAAAAUUGAAAGAGCUAGAGGAGCAAGAUCAAAAAAACUCAAAACCCAGCAGAAGACAAGAAAUAACUAAGAUCAGAGCUGAACUGAAGGAAAUUGAGACACGAAAAACCCUUCAAAAAAAUCAAUAAAUCCAAGAGCUGGUUUUUUGAAAAGAUCAACAAAAUAGACCACUAGCCAGAUUGAUUAAAACUAAAAGAGAGAACAACCAAAUAGAUACAAUAAAACAUGAUGAAGGGGAAAUCACCACAGACUUUACAGAAAUUCAAACCAUCAUCAGAGAAUAUUACAAACAACUCUAUGCACAUCAACUAGUAAACCUGGAAGAAAUGGAUAUAUUCCUGGACUCCUGUGUCCUCCCAAGCCUAAACCAGGAGGAAACUGAAACUAUGAAUAGACCAAUAACAAGGUCAGAAGUCAAGGCAGCAAUUAAGAGCCUACCACACAAAAAAAGCCCAGGUUCAGAUGGGUUCACAGCCAAAUUCUACCAGACACACAAAGAGGAGCUGGUACCAUUCCUUCUAAAACUAUUCCAAAUAAUCCAAAAAGAGGGAAUCCUUCCCAAAUCAUUUUAUGAGACCAAUAUCAUCCUGAUACCAAAACCCGGCAGAGACCCAACAAGAAAAGAAAACUUCCGGCCAAUAUCCAUGAUGCACAUAGAUGCAAAAAUCUUCAAUAAAAUAUUGGCAAGCCGAUUGCAACUGUAAUUCAAAAAACUUAUUCAUCAUGAUCAAGUAGGUUUCAUCCCGGGGAUGCAAGGCUGGUUCAACAUACGCAAGUCUACAAAUGUAAUUCACCACAUAAACAGAACCCAAAACAAAAACCACAUGAUUAUCUCAAUUGACGCAGAGAAGGCAUUUGACAAAAUUCAACAGCCCUUUAUGCUAAAUACCCUCAAUAAACUCGGUAUUGAUGGAACGUAUCUCAAAGUAAUAAAAGCUAUUUAUGACAAACCAACAGCCAAUAUCAUACUGAAUGGGCAAAAACUGGAAACAUUCCCUUUGAAAUCUGGCACUAGGCAAGGAUGCCCUCUCUCACCACUCCUAUUCAAUAUAGUACUGCAAGUUCUAGCCGGAGCAAUCAGGCAAGAAAAAGAAAUAAAGGGUAUUCAAAUAGGAAAGGUGGAAGCCAAAUUGUCUCUAUUUGCAGACAACAUGAUAGUAUACCUAGAAGACCCCAUCGCCUCAGCCCAAAAACCCCUGAAACUGAUAAGCAACUUCAGCAAAGUCUCAGGAUAUAAAAUCAAUGUGCAAAAAUCACAAGCAUUCGUCUACAUCAAUAACAGACUUAAAGAAAGCCAAAUCAAGAACGAACUGCCAUUCACAAUUGCUACAAAAAAAUAAAAUACCUUGGAAUACAACUCAUAAGGAACGUAAGAGACCUCUUCAAGGAGAACUACAAACCACUGCUCAACGAAAUCAGAGAGGACACAAACAGAUGGAGAAACAUUCCAUGUUCAUGGUUAGGAAGAAUUAAUAUCGUGAAAAUGGCUAUACUGCCCAAAGUAAUUUACAGAAUCAAUGCUAUCCCCAUCAAGCUACCAUUGACUUUCUUCACAGAACUGGAAUAAACCACCAUGAACUUCAUAUGGAACCAAAAGAGAGCCCGCAUAGCCAAAUCAAUUCUAAGCAAAAAGAACACAGCGGGGGGCAUCACACUACCGGUUUUCAAACUAUACUACAACGCUACAGUAAUCAAAACAGCAUGGUACUGGUACCAAAACAGACAUAUAGACCAAUGGAACAAAACAGAGGCACCGAAGGCAACACAACAUAUCUACAACUAUACAAUCUUUGAUAAAUCUGACAAAAACAAGCAAUGGGGAAAGGAUUCCCUGUUUAACAAAUGGUGUUGGGAAAACUGGCUAGCCAUGUGCAGAAAGCAGAAACUGGACCCCUUCCUGACAGCUUACACUAAAAUUCACUCCAGAUGGAUUAAAGACUUAAACAUAAGACCUGGCACGAUAAAAACCCUAGAUGGAAAUCUAGGCAAAACUAUCCAGGACAUAGGAGUAGGCACGGACUUCAUGAAGAAAACACCAAAAGCAUUGGCAACAAAAGCCAAAAUAGACAAAUGGGACCUAAUGAAACUCCACAGCUUCUGCAUGGCAAAAGAAACAGUCACUAGAGUGGAUCAGCAACCAACAGAAUGGGAAAAAAUUUUUGCAGUUUACCCAUCUGACAAAGGGCUGAUAUCCAGAAUUUACAAAGAACUCAAACAGAUUUACAGGAAAAAAACAAGCCCAUUCAAAAGUGGGCAAUGGAUAUGAACAGACACUUUACGAAAGAAGACAUAUAUGAGGCCAACAAUCAUAUGAAAAAAUGCUCAUCGUCACUGGUCAUCCGAGAGAUGCAAAUCAAAACCACACUGAGAUACCAUCUCACGCCAGUUAGAAUGGCGAUCAUUAAAAAAUCUGGAGACAACAGAUGCUGGAGAGGAUGUGGAGAAAAAGGAACACUUUUACACUGUUGGUGGGAGUGUAAAUUAGUUCAACCAUUGUGGAAGACAGUGUGGCGAUUCCUCAAGGCCUUAGAAAUAGAAAUUCCAUUUGACCCAGCAAUC